GUGCAGCCCUGGCUCUAACAACCAAAACUAAAUUGCCAGCCAUUGCAUAAAAAAACAUACCGUGCAGAAAACUUAAAAAUUAAACGCCAUACAUUGUAACCAUAUAUAAACGGAAUAUAUUGUGCAUAUUGCUGGAAUAAAAGUGUGGAGAAUAAAGUGCUAAAGCGCCGUGAUCACAACGCAUAUUUGCGAAACUCACAAGAAAAAUGCAAUAAAUCUGAUUGUGUGUAUGGGGGUCAUUGAUUAGUAGCCAAAAUUGAAAAUCGCUUGCUGAUUGCCAUUUAAUUGACCCACAAACAUGAGCGAAAAAUACGACGGCAACGGCGAUUAUUCCACCUACAACGAGGAUGAGGCCAAUGAGUACGGUGGAGGCGGCGGCGGAUUGGGUGGAGGAGGAGUUGGAGGCGGUAAGACGCGCGGCAAAAGUGUUGGCAACAGCGGUGGAAGUGGUGCCCACAACGGCGACAGUGGCAUACACGAUCAUCAUCAUGGCGGCGCCGAGGGCAGCGGCAACAAUGUCCAGCUGAACGAGAAGGCCAGCGAAUACAUACGCGACUGCAUGGCCGAGAAGAAUCGCAUGGAUCGCAAGUUUCCCAUUGCCGAGAAGCUGCUCGAGGGUGAGAUCGAGAAGGUGCAGACGACGGGUCGCAUCCCAUCGCGGGAACAGAAAUAUGCCGACAUCUAUCGGGAGAAGCCGUUGCGUAUAUCACAGCGGGUCUUGGUGCCCAUACGCGAGCAUCCCAAGUUCAAUUUUGUGGGCAAGCUGCUAGGUCCCAAGGGCAACUCGCUGCGUCGCCUGCAGGAGGAGACGCUGUGCAAGAUGACUGUGCUCGGCCGUAACUCGAUGCGUGAUCGUGCCAAGGAGGAGGAGCUGCGCAGCUCCAAGGAUCCAAAGUAUGCGCAUCUGAACAGUGAUCUGCAUGUGGAGAUAUCAACAAUUGCGCCCCCUGCAGAGGCAUAUGCGCGUAUCGCGUAUGCAAUGGCCGAGCUGCGAAAGUAUUUGAUACCGGAUAGCAAUGAUAUCAUACGGCAGGAGCAGUUGCGCGAACUGAUGGACAGCACCAGCAUCAACGAUGCCGAGAACACCACUAGCAAUGCCAAGAACACGUACAAGAAAGUCUCGCACAUGCAGAACAGUGGCGGCAACGUUGGCGCCAAUGCCAUGGGUGGUACGGGUCCGGCCAAUUCUGUGGCUGGUGCUGGUGGUGGUGGUGGUGGGUCGGGCAUGUCCAAGAAUGUGUCUCAUCACGGUUACAGAGGCUCACAGCAGUCAUCGUUUAGCAAAAAUGUCCUGGCACCCAAACAGAAGGUCAUGUCCAUUUUGGAGAAGGCCAGAACUGCUAUGGAUGAAACUUACGGUCGCGGCUAUGACGAUGGUAUAUCCUAUGAUCUGCAUCAGUCCUACGAUGGCUACAGCUAUCCAUCACAUGGCGGGCAUGGACAUGGCCAGCAUGGUCCGCCCACGAGCAUCCUGGGCGGCGUUGGCAACAUCAGUGGCGUUGGCGCUGGCGGCGGAGUCCGUGGCGGACACUAUGAGACUCAAGAUUAUGAAACGGAUUAUUCGCGGCGUGACUACUACCAACACUCUCCGGGAUAUGCAGGUGGCGGCUCCGUAUCGCAAUCGAAUCCAAAUAACGCGGCUGGCCUAAAUUCGAAUCACAAUCGCAAUCAUGUUAACAGGUGAAAUUUGCUGGGGCCGAGCAACACCAGCAAUAAUGUAGAUGGUGUGAAAGGAGGCGGCACAAUUAGUGCGACAAAUUCAAUGCCGGAUACCCACAAACCGACCGUGAAAGCCAAAUCAAUUGUUAAAAGGAGCAGCAGCAGCAGCAGCCGCAGGAGCAACAGGAGCAGCAGGAGAAACACUUUCAGGCCGAGCUAUUAUAAACACGAGUGCAGCAGCAACAAAUACAACAACAAUAACAACAAAAGCGACUGUUUUCAGUAUCAAAUGCAACAUCAACCACAAGAAUCGUCGAAAUUGGGACAACAACAAGAAACACAACAAGAAAAACAAAAGCAAACACAACAAAAUUACCCACCGCACAACAAUAACAACAGCAACAACAACAACAACAACCAAAACCACAACAACAAACACAAUCACUUAAUCAGGAAUAAAAUGAAUUCCAUCGAUGUGACCAUGACGACAUUUUCAAUAUCCUAUACACAGAACCAAACGGAUUCGAAAUAUGGCCAAAAGAAUGCUGUAGCUGCCAGCAACAACAACAACAAAGACAAGAACAAUUAUACAUUAUGCAGUAAAAUCCAGAACAACAUGCCAAACAAGCAGAACAACACAACAACUAGAACAACAACAACAACAGCAAAUGCUACAACUGCGCCCAGUAUGCUAUUAGUAAGCCCUUCGCUUCAUAUUCGUGAGAUUCCGUUCUUGCCAGUGCAGUUUUUCUAAUCACAUUCAAAAAAUCAAACAGAUACAAUAACUACAACAACAGCAACAACAAGAACAAGAACAAAAACACCAACAUAAUAAUGCUAAACAAUAACAAGAAACAAACAAAUCGAGAGACAACACCACAAAUACUUUGUACACUAAGAGGGAUGAAUAUUUACAAACGGAAACCUUAAGAUAUAUACAUACUUAUAUAAAUACAAACAUAUACAUUAUAUACACUUAAAUAUAUGAUAUAUUUUUGAGUGCAAGGAAAUCGUUGGAUGAUAAUGCAGCUGGAUCUACAAAUUGAAGUUUUAACUUGGGUGUUAGCUGGUGGGACGAUGGACAAUUUAUGUCAAGGAUAUAUUGUCCGGUUUUUUAAUAUAUAUUUACACAAAGAGCAAAAACAUCUUUAAGAUAAUCGUAUUUAAAGUGCGUGCAUUAAUAACUAAAAUUAUUAAAAGAUAUAACCGUUAAAUAAUUAGAUAAGCACAGCUUCAAGCUGGCUUUGAUACUUUGAUAUUUAUAAUAACAAUAAACAUAAUACUAAAUACUUAUUACAAAAAAAUAUGCUAAAAGAACAAAAUGUAAACCUUAAUCGAAUACACAAAUAUAUAUAUAUAUAUAUACUUCUCGAUCUCCAGAUUUGAAUUAUGUUAUCUUAUCAAAUAGUUUCAAUCUAAUGUAUUUCCUGAAUAUUGAAUUGUUUUAUGCAAGCAAUAGACUCAAAUCGAUUAUUAUUGUAAAUCUAUGAUUUUUAUUGGCAUUGCAGAAUCUCCUUUUUAAUGACAAUAGUUUUAACAUUUUUAUUCUGGAGAUGGGAUGUAUAUAUAUUAAUGAACAUAUGUGUAACUAACGCGCAGUAGGGCUGGAAAUCUAUAAGAUUUAAUUACUCAAAACUAUAUAAUUGGGCACACUUAAAAUAAAUAAAUAUAUCUAUAUACAUACAGAAUUUAAUAUUUACAUUCGAAUAACAAAGGAAUUAAAUAAACGAAUAACAUAAAAAAUAUAAUGAUAUUUAUAUAUAAAAAAUAUGACUAAAAUACUCAUAACUUAAAGUACAUAUUUAUAUAUUAAUCGGAGAUUGUGAGAUGAAGAAAUCCCUAUGUGGAUAAUGCUGCAAAUGAUUACUUUAUUGAAACGAACAAAAACAAAAAACAAAAAACGAAAAAGAAAACAAACUAAAAUAUUAUAAUGAAGAAUUACACAAUAAGAUGGGGAGAGUAUGGAAAAGCUCAAAUAUGUACUUUAUUUUCAAUUGUAUUUUCUACUUUACUUAAGUUCUCGUAUUUUAAUCAUUUAUACUUUGUUUUUAUCUCCAAAUUGGAAAUUUGAAUGGAAUUUCAAAAAUAUAUAAAAAACAAAAUCUUAAGUCUCCUGGCGGCCUGAAAAAUAAAUUUGAAAUGAUUACGUAUGUUUGUGCCAAAUGUAAUUCACAACCGAUAAAUAAUAUUGUCAAAAAGAAACCCGUUCUUCAAAUUCGGUGUUUGAUCAUUUUUUAUACGAGUUGAAAUUAAGUAUUCUAUGUUAUCGUACUUAUGAAUUCCCUCUACUUUUUAAACUAUAAUUUUAUAUAACUUAUGUAAGCUGAGCUCCAAUGGAUAUGAAUAUAACAAUUCUUAUCUAUUGUUAAUGCAAACAUAAUGAAAAUCCGAUAAAAAUGAUAAAUGAAUAUCUUGUCCAAAAAAGCAAAUUGUUGCAACUAAAGAAAAACAGUAAGAGACAUUUACUUAUAUAACAAUGUGAACGUUAAAUUGUUGAAAACAAUUAAAAUUUAGAUUAUAAAAGAAUAUCAGUAAUACGAAAAAAUACAUUCAUUUAUUUCAAGUAAUAUUAUUGUUAUAAAUUAUACAAAUUAUGAAACAUACAUACUUAAAAGACGGUUCCCAAAACCAAAUUACAGAAUUUAAAUUAUAUCUAUUAAUACUUAAAUGGAUGGUAAAAAGAAGUUUAACAAAAUCACAAACCAUUUCAAUACAAAAUAUAUAAUAUUCAAUACUAAAAUAAAUUUCCCCGCCCUAAAAACAAUAACAAAUAUGAAGACAAACGCGAAUACAACUAAAAUAUUGAGAUAUUCUCAUUAAUUAUUUCAUGUACAAUUAAAUAAUACAAAUUAUAAUAAAAAAUAUUUUAAAGUA